AUGAACUACUUUCUCGUCACCCUCGCUAGUCUUGGCAUGGUCAGUCAAGUCGUGGCUCUGCCGCGUGCAGGAGCAACUGGUAUCGCUCCCGUCGGCGAAGCCCUCAAGCGCAGUGAGGAUUCUGUCGAUGGUACCCAAAUCGCUGAGGGCUGGAAACGCAAUGAGGAAGCCGUCGACGGUACCCAGAUCGCCGAGGGCUGGUAG